CUCUCAGCAGCCGAUGCCCGCUUAGAACCCUGCGCCGACCAGCCGCUGCCUCUGCCUCUGCUUCUGCCUCCGCCUUCGCGCAUUUGCAGCCAUGGCGCAGAGCGCGCAGAGCGCGCAGAACCCCUCAACCCCCGCCGCUCCUGUCGUCAAUCCUUCAAUCUUCGGCGGAUCUGGGCAAGUCACCGCCCACACGACGCCGCAAGCCUCUGUGUCCUCGCUCGCAUCCACCCUGACGCCCGCCUCCGCUGGCUCUUCCAACAACACGUACAUCAUGCCCAACUCGCCGCUCAAGAAUCGCGCUCCCAUGGACGGCUACCGCCCCAAAGUGACGCGCACGCUUGGCCAGCGCCCGGCUUGCCUCGUCAAUGCCUCGGUGACGUACUGCGGGAACAACCAAAUCUACGCCUUCGGCGGCUUCGACCAGUACACCGACGAGGUCUACAACCAUGUGCUGCGCCUCGAUCUGGUCAGCCAUCAGUGGACACUGGUCGACAACUACGGCGAUAUCCCCGGCGUGCGGAUGGGACAUACGGCGACGCUGUACAAGGGCGACAAGCUUUUAGUCUUUGGCGGCGAGAACGAACACCGGACAUACCUUUCCGACCUCAUCAUCUUCGACCUCAAAACGGCGCACUGGACGCAGCCCCAGGUGUCCGGGCCGAUCCCCAAGGGUCGCGCUCGGCAUGCCGCCGUGCUGCACGAGGACAAGCUCUUCAUCGUCGGCGGGAUUACUGGUCACGACAACUACGUGCUGGAUGACAUAUGCUACCUGGACUUGAAGACGUUUACCUGGUCGAGAUCGUGGCGUUUUGUCGGCCGAUUCGAUCAUUCGGCCUACAUCUGGGGCGACAGGGUCUGGGUGUUUGGGGGCUUGAGCGAGGACAUGGACAAGGUUAGCGACCUGUGGUGGCUGGAUCUAAAGGGGAACCCGGCAUUUGAAUCACCGCCGCAAAUUGGAUCCCUCGACCGCGCCGUCCUGGCGAGGAAUGCCUCGUCCCCUCGGCCUCCCUACCAAACUGCCCAGUCUUCGGUCGUCGGGUCAUCCGGCUAUGCCGCCAACUCGAGGACUCCUCAAGUCAACACCCCGUCAUUCCACCUCAAAGCAUACGCCCCGCCGGCUCCCGGUGCCAUUUCCGCGCUGAAAUUCGUCAGCGGUACAAACGUUCCGUCCCAGAUGCAGGGAAUCCACUUCCACGUCUACUCGUCUGGCACGCUGUUGGACUUUGUCACGCCGGCCGCAACUAUCACGUCCAGGGAGUGCUCGCUUUCCGCCCUGGAUUUGGGUACCCUCAGAUGGCAGAAGCUCGCCGAGGGGCGGGAGAUCUUCAAGUCCGGUUACCGCUGGCACUACUGCACCAUGAAUGAAGAUGGCACGAAGGCGUGGCUGCUGGGCUGUCCCACCGAGGCCGGGGCGAUCGACCUCGGUGCUAAUGGCCUCGAGGAAUAUCUCUCCGAUAUUAUGGAGAUAGACCUGCGCAGAUACGGCUUCCUGGGUAGUAACCUGGCUUCUGAGGCGCGGACUGACUUGGCUCGCCCGCUACGAACUUGCAGCGUGGAACCGCCGUCCAAGGGCCUUGGGGCAGACCUUGCGAAGCUCUUCAACCAGCCGCCCGAGACUGGAAGCGGCACGGAUUUCAUCGUCACCGCGCUCUCUCGCGACUACGACGAAGACGAAAUCAUGGGCUCCGCGCUCCUACACAAUGGGGAUGCGGACGAGGGCAGCCAGACGUGGCUGGCGCCGGAUGCCCCGACCUCGCCGCCCAUCCACGUGCACCGGCUCAUCCUGCAGGCUCGCUGGCCGCACUUUGCGCGACUCUGGGCGAGCCAGAUGGCCGAGUUCCACACCAAGAAGAUGCACAUCCCCGAGCCCUACAGCGUCGUCAAGGCCUUCCUGUACUACCUCUACACCGACCGCAUCGACCCCACCGACGACGACGCGGACGGCGCCAUGGCCGACCUCUCGGACGUGGCCGGCCUGCUCGUCAUGUCCAACAUCUACAACCUCCCGCACCUCCGCCUGCUGUGCGUCAACCGGCUGAGCAAGGAGCUCGACGUCGACCACGCCUGCAUCAUCUGGUAUUGCGCCGGGCUGGCCAACGAGGAGUGGCUGCGCAAGCGCGCCGCCAGCUUCUGCAUGACGCACUGGGGCCGCGUGGUGCGCACCGCCGGCUUCCAGCGGCUGCCGCGCGCCGCCCUGGUCGAGCUGUCGCAGGAGGUCGACAUGGAGGGCCGCGUCGUCGGCGGCGACGAGCUCGACCUGUUCAUCGACGGCCGCUUCGGCGACGCCGCGUCGGCUGCCUCGCGCCGUAAGGAGAGCGUCAGCAGCAGCCAGACCCAGAUGCUUGGGACCGAGGACGACGAGGACGACGGCAUGGAGAUGUCUUAGAUUGGCAUCCGGACGAGAAGGAGGGGUCGUCGUCAUCGGCGGGGGGGCCGCC